AUGGCCAACCAAGAAACCAGCAACAGGACGAUCACUGUUGCCGACGGCCGCCCAAAACACCCAUGCAAGCUCCGCCAGACGUGCGAUCCAUGCAGCGAAGCCAAAGUCAAGUGUGACAAGGGGAACCCGCGAUGCGGCCGGUGCGACAGGCUGUCGUAUGACUGCGUCUAUAGCCCGGCCAGACGCAUCGGCAGGCCUCGCCCCCGUUCCCGGCGCUCUCCAGACCAAGACAGCUGGGGGUGCCCGGCACGCGAUGCUCGCGAUGCCCGCGACGGCGGUGCCUCCGCGUCAACCAACGAAACCGUCAACAAAGACUACACGGCACCAGGACCAGCACUACCGCUCUCGGCCCAGGCUCCGGCUCAGGCCACUCAGCAACAGACCUCAGCGGUGCGAGACUCAAAUCUAAUUUUUGACGAGUUCUUGCUGGAUUGUCUCUCCGAUGAGAGUCGCUGGAGCGGGCCUGCUAGUGUUAGCGUGAGUUCCAGUACCAGUGCCAGGAUCAGCGACAGAGGCAGCAGCAGAAUCAACGACGCCGCGCACUCCACCAGAACGAGCAUGAUGGACGGCCUCCUCGGCAGCAGCUUCGAUAAACCCUUGUCAUUAGGCAUGGAAGAAAUCCCGCACGAUCCAUACGAGUAUGACUGCGCGGCUGUGGCUGUGGCAACGCUUGGGAAACUUGCCGCGGCGGGUCUCGAUAGCCAGCAGUCUGCUACACCUCAGACCACUCAAGCAGCCGCGGCCGCCGACAUCCUCGCUGACCAAAUCCCUCAUGCGUGCAGGCAGGCUGCUCGCAUACUCGUGUGCCCUUGCUCGAGCGACAUGGAUACAGCUCUACUGGCUGCAUCCCUGGCCGCUGCAAUUCUUGACGUCGCCAACGCCGCCCUGCGCACCCUCAAGCCUGCGGGACAUGCGCUCGACGAAGAACAACACACUGUCCUGGCACUCGGCACCAUCCCUAACAUUUCCCGGGUCGUCACUCUCUUCACUCAUCGCUACAGCGUCACCCAAGUCGGCCGCCCUUCGGAGGCGCUACUGUUGCUCGCAGCCUCCUUAAGAACCACGCUCAAGAGCAUGGCCGAGGAGACGACAAACCGUUUCCUUGACAGCGGCACGGCACGGUCCCCACGUCGAGAGACCAAUUGA